CUGCUCUAUAUAAAAAGAGUUUACCAGGUUUCACGCACACAUAUGAGAGUGAUGCUUUGAAGGGUGGAAAUCACAGCCUGCAGGUCGACGAGUUACCUCCGAGCUGUCAAAUGCGAUAUUCCCAGCCACCCUGCGCUGUGCCACGGAUUACCUGCAGGAUAUAAACAGCCGCCGCCGCAAUUUGGCCACUUUGGGAUUACGCACAAACGGAUCUUUAAGCCGCCGCUGCUGUUAGAACAAAACGGAUGUCAGUGUGGUGGUUAGAGAUGGGAGAGGGUCUGGGGCCGCUCUCCCCUGUAGGAUGGUAGCCGACAGCACAGUGGAAGGCCAUGACAAGACCCACUUGUCAAGCUCAUCCUCGUCAUCAUCCUCGUCAUCAUCCUCGUCAUCCUUGUCCUCAUCGUCAUCCCUGUCCUCAUCAUCAUCCCUGUCCUCAUCGUCCUCCUUGUCCUCAUCGUCCUCGCUGUCGUCCUCGCUUGCCAGGCACGAUCUCGGCCUCAGCCCUCAGCGCACAGAGUCGGAGCAGCUUCAGCAACGGGCUGCUCCGGAGCCGAACCCGAGGUCUCCGACCGCCCGCCCCAGUUACCUGACCCACUUCCGCACCUUUUCCAGCAUUGAGGACUGCAACAUCAUCACAGACACAGCGUCCAAGCUCGAGCACAGUGGCUUCUACUGGGGCCCUUUGGGAGUCGAAGACGCCCAUCGCAUGCUGCGGGACGCUCCGCUUGGAAGCUUCCUCAUCCGCGACAGCCGUCAGAAAGACGUCUUCUUCACGCUGUCCUACCACGCCAAGUCCGGGCCGGUCAGCGUGCGCAUCGACUACAAGCGGCAAAAGUUCUCACUGGCGGGCAACGAGCGCUCCUUCCCAACGCUCUUUGCCCUGUUGGAGCAUUACAUCAAUUCUCCCAAAAAGAGCCUGAGCGUCCCCUACAGGAGAUGGGCACCAACGCUGCAAGAGUUGUGCAGGAAGCGCAUCAUGGAGCUGUGUGGCGGAGGAAGCCAGGUUCAAGAGCUGCCUGUGACGCAUGUUGUCCAAGGCUUCCUGUUGGAAUUCCCUUACAAACUGUGAUAGUAUUAUUUUUAAUCUCAAAAAGGCAGUUUUUACCAAGUAGCGGUAAACUGACGGAGUGUUCGGUAAACGCUGCUCAUCAUGUGUUGGAUGUGCAGACUGCACCGCCUUGUUUUGAGCUGAAGAGUGGCGAAAUGUUGAAGAGAAGCCAUUAUCACCACAGUCAAG